ACCUAAUCUAAUAAGUGUCAAAAAUGUCAACCUAAAUUUUAUCAAAAUAAACUUCGUUCUUCAAAACAUUUCAUUGUCGUUAUAUCCUUCCUUUUAUUCUAAUACUGCUAUUGAUUUUACCUUUUUAGCAGUAAAUCAUGGUCUGCGAUAAAUGCCAAGCAAAAUGUGGAAAAGUAAUCACUCCCGAUCCUUGGAAAACUGGGGCUAGAAACACCACAGAAUCUGGAGGACGAAGAGUAAAUGAAAAUAAAGCUCUGACUUCAGCAAAAAAUCGAUUCAAUCCGUACACGACGAAAUUUGAAACUUGCAGGAUAUGUAGGCAAAAAGUGCACCAAGUUGGAUCACAUUACUGCCAGGCAUGUGCCUACAAGAAAGGAAUAUGUGCCAUGUGUGGAAAGAAAAUAAUCAGUACCAAGAAUUAUAGACAAUCUUCCACUUGAAUGAGAGUAAGCUUUUAAGGCAGACUUAGAUAUAAUAAAGGGUAAAAAGACAGAUGAAAAUGUAAGAUCUGUUUUACUGUAUUAUAAAUAGUUUUUCUUUUCGUAUAUGUACCGGGUGGUGAAUUGGAAAACGGGCCAUAGGAAACUCAAUGUAAAAUUCUAAAUUGUUGAAUUCCUGCUUCCCUAAUUAUUUUACAUCAAAAGUCAUGAGAAACUAUUUGUAGGGGAUUAAAAUCUGUAUUAAAAACAAAAGUUAAAAUUGUUCUACGAUUUAAACACAGUCCAAAAUUUUGAAAAAUAGAAUACAUUUGCCAUACUUAAGUAAGUGCGUAAAAGUAAGGCCACACGUUACUAUUUCUGACAGUACGCAAACUAUUGACUGAAUAAAACAUCUUUAUUAUUACUACUUUCUCCUCAACUGAGGACAUCUUUUCGACUUUAUUGUUUUUUAAACAAUAAAAACGAUAAAAUAAAAAUACUGACAGUUCAAAAUAUUGUUAAUACAGUACAACCUGCCAUAUCCAGACCUGUCAUAUCCGGACCUCCCCAUGUCCGGACAGUUCUGCCAUCUGGAUCUACCGAAAUCUACCGAGAAAGGCAAUGUUGUUAGACAACGCACCCUCUCAUCCCGACCCAAAAGAACUAAAAUAUGGCAAAAUAAUGUAUUAUAGAAUCUAUAAAACGUGUCUAUCAACGAAAGUUACUGACGGCGUUGAUUACUGGAAUCUAUGAAGGAGAAAACGUUUAAGAGACACUAUAAAAGAAGUGGUCUUGAUAUCCGGAUUUUUUCAUAUCCGGAUCAGUCUGUCGCCACAUUGAUCCGGAUAUGGCAGGUUUUACUGUAUAAUAAUUUGUGUGUGGCCUAAAUUUGGCAAAUACUUUGAUAAAAUUUAUAUUUUACAAAAUUUUGGAAUGUGUUUAAUUCUUAGAACAAUUUUAACAAUUGUUUUCAAUAAAGAUUUCAAUCCUCUACAAAUAGUUUCUCAUGUCUUUUGAUGUAGAAUAAUUAGGGAAGCAGGAAUUCAACAGUUUAGAAUUUUACAUUGAGUUUCCUAUGGCCCGUUUUCCAAUUCACCACCCUGUAUAAGUACAAAUGUUAGCAGUAAACAUUAAAAUUAAGACUAAAGAACUUUUGUAUUUUGUUUUUAGUAAAUACGGUAUAUUUAUUAAAUUAUAGUUUGUGUAUAACUAUUAUUAAUAUUUCACUAUGUUUAUUUCUAUGAAUAAAGUGUGUGUUUGUAUAUUUUUAAGCAUAUUAUUUUGUAAUCAGUAAAUGUAAAUAAAAAUAUUCUUACUUA